UAUUUACGUCAUUUGUUUAGAUUUAUAAAUAAAUUUGCAUGGUUGUUGUUGCUUGUAAUUUGCUGCAGUAGAACUGUCAAACGCAGAACUCGACUGAAAUACAACUUACAGAUAAGAGCAAUAAUGGUUAUCAUUAGACAACAGUUAGUUGACUCUAUAAAGAAAGUAUUAUUUAUACUAGGUUCAGCGUUACUUGUCUUUGUUGCUGCAAGAAAUUCUAUAACAUGGCAUCUUCAGAAAUUUUGGGGUGCCUCAGGAGAUUUUUGGCAAAGCCAGUGGGAAAAUGUGUACUAUUUACUUGGUUCUAAGGAUUAUAUGAUUGGUAUAGUUGGAACUUUUCUAAUUACAACUGGAAUUUUCUGGAUUUCCAAUGCAUUUUUCAUGUUAUUGGAUUUAACAGGACGACCUGCCUUCCUACUUAGAUACAAAAUACAACCAGAUAAAAAUGUACCAUUAGAAAAAGAUGCCUUAAAGAGAGCAAUUGGAGUAGUUUUGUUUAACCAGACUGUUGUUGGUAUACCAUUUAUGUGUGUUGCCUAUCUUGCUAUGACAUGGAGAGGAUGUAGUAUGAAUGGAGAGUUACCCACCUUUCAUUGGGUUUUGUUUGAGAUGACCGUAUUUACCCUGUUUGAAGAACUUGCCUUCUAUUAUUCUCAUAGAUUGUUCCACCAUCGUUAUCUUUAUAAAUAUAUCCAUAAACGACACCAUGAAUGGACAGCAUCUAUAGGCCUAGUCUCAAUAUACUCCCACCCUAUAGAACAUAUAUUUAGUAAUCUGCUGCCACCAUUUUUAGGCCCAUUGUUAAUGGGAUGUCAUAUAGCUACAGCGUGGCUGUGGUUUUGUGUCGCUCUGAUGUCAACAACUGUAGCUCACUGUGGAUAUCACUUCCCAUUUCUCCCGUCACCAGAAGCUCACGAUUAUCAUCAUCUGAAAUUCAAUCAGAAUUUUGGUGUCUUGGGUGUCUUGGAUCGUCUCCAUGGAACAGAUAACAUGUUUCGUGAAACCAAAGCCUAUCAACGCCAUUUUCUACUCCUGGGUCUUACGCCAGUGUCUCAACAAUUUCCUGAUACACCAAAGAAGAAAGCUGAGUAAUUUGAUUAAACUGUGUUCGAGGUUUGAUCAGAUUGUCUUUCAGAAUAGCUGUUUAUGUCUGAUAGAGCGAUAGAGGUGUGAUUAUUGUGAUAAAUAUGCUUAAAAUUUUAUAUUAUCUACCCCCCCCCACAAUCUUAAAACAAUCAAAUUAAAGGUUAAUUAUGAAGCCUCUCAUUGCAAACAACAAUAUUGUGAAAGUUGAAUCUCUAAAAGGAUAAUAUGUCCAAAUAUGGUUUAAUUCUGAUUGGUAUUUACGAAGAAAAACUGAAUUAUAAAAAUUUGUCCAUCUUCAGAUUUCCCGAGUCCAAGGCACAUUAAUAUCUUGUGAUUGGGUAAAUUGAAAGGCAGAAAAUUCACCUUCAUAAUGUUUUACAAGGAUUGUGUUAGUCCCCAUAUUUAAUCAAAAUGGCUUCCUACGUGUUUUUUAUUGAGUAAUAUUUUGUUGUUUGGGUAAUUGUAGUUUGUAGAUUUUAAUUUUAUUAAUGACAAUGCAUUUUCAUAAUAUCAGGACCAUAUUUUUAAAUUAUUAUUAUACAAAAGAGGUUUUUUAAUUUUUUUGCUUUAUAAGACAUUUUUUUCUAAAUAUUACUUAUUAAGUAUAAAUAUGAUGUUUUUCAGAAAAGUCAUUCUUAGUACAGGUUGUUUCAAUCGAAUUAAAACAAAUAGCAUAUUUCGUUUUAGGAUAUUUGAUUGUUUAUUUGUCCUCAUGACAAUAUUAUCUGUAAAAGUUAUUAAAUGAAACAUGUUCUAUUAGAAAUUCAGAAAAUAGUGAUAUGAUGGGCUUUUAUCAGUAUUAUUCUACUGUUAUUGUUAGAAUAUGAAAAUAGGUGAAUCAACUUCUUUAAUGGUCUAUAUGCCCCGAAUGUGACGUCUUUGGAAAACAGGGAGGGGUGUGUAUGUCCGAAUGGUUUAACUCGUAAGGUCUUGAGUCAUGUGGCAUGGUUUUGAUUCCAUGCUUGUACCUUACAAGGAGUUGGGUCAUCUGUCCAACGUUAUGGAUUUUCUCCGGAUUCUCCGACGCCUCCCACAGCAAAUUAUUGAAAUAAAAUUGAACCAUAUGUUAGUCCUGAAAUAACCUAAUUUGUCUCCAGAUGAAUUAUGUAAGCUACUGAUAUGUUUACUGCUCCAUGUACUUAACAAACAUUUAAACCUUGAUAUCAUGAUCUGUCAGACAUAUUUAUUUUAUACAGUAUAAUUUUGAUUGAAUUUUAUUUAAGAGUUUAUUGUUUAAAGAUGUUUUUAUGAUUAAAAAACCAGAAAGUUUUUUAUAGCUUCUCUUCCAUAUUGUAUUCCUUGAAAGAGUAAGAAUUAAACAAAAUCCAAAGAUCUUAAAUAAGUGUAAAGUAUCCUCUAGUUUUGAUUAAAAUAAUCUGUGUAGUAUAUAAAUCUCUUUUGUAGUUCGGCCACUUGUAUAUACAUAUUUUUGUUUUUCUAUACUACAUGUAUGUUAUUUGUGAUAUUAUAAAAAUCUUUUCUAUUUUUUUUUAUAUUUUGAAAGAAAGAAAGAAAAGUAGUUUGAGCAUACUUAAGAUGGACAAGGCCCUGCAUGUUUAGUAUCAUCAAUUGGAGAACAUAUAUUAGCAAAAAAAAUUUAUUUUAUAUGUUGCUCAAAACCGUAUUUUACAAUGGUAGACAUCUUAAAACUUGUGAUUGUAACUGCUAGCACAUUAAUUGUCCCCCACCUUACAUCGAAAAUGUGUCAACCAUGUGAAUUUGUUAAGUACAUGUAAAGGAGAAGUGAAACCAGGUCUUCUAGUAAGAGUAAGCAUACCCUUCUUGACACCUAUCACUACUUAUAACUAAAUAGAGCUUUAAUUAUGUAAAUGUUGUCUUUUAUGAAAUUAUAAAACAAUACAGUUUUAAAAUAAUAAUAAUAUUAAAGCCACUGUUAUUUGAGGUAUUUUUAAUUAAUUGCAAACUACAAUAUUGUGGAAGUUGAAUCCAUUCUAAUCAGAAUUUAAAAAGAUGUGAUAAUUGAACAUUUGUCAAAAUUCUGCAUUCUCUUUAGACAAUAUAAAGUCAGGGUGGGUAAAUUCUUUUGAUGGGCCUCUAUUUUUUUUAUCUAAUUGAAUUCAAGCUGGAAGAUGGAUAUAUGGGGUUUGUUUCUUUAAAUAUUAAAUAAUCAAUGCAAGUACUAUGAAUAAUAAUAAUCAGCAACUUUAACAGGAUAUUUUAAUAUGAAAGAUCUGUAGAAUCUAGUCUUGAAUUUUUAUUAUUUAUUUUGAAUGAAAAUAUUGCAUACAGUAUUUGAAAGAAGGUUAAUGUAAAUUCAGUUUUUUGACAUAUAAUAUAUUUAUAUUACACUUACAGUCUAUAGAUAAAAUCAUUGUAAACAAAACGACUUUUACAUAUAAUAUAUAUUACAACUGUAAUCUUAGGGCAUUGUAUCUGUGUUUUACAUAUAAUAUAUAUUACAACUGUUAUUUUAGGGCAGUGUACCUUUCAUUUACAUAUAAUAUAUAUUACAACUGUAAUCUUAGGGCAUUGCACCCGUCUUUUACUUUCGUUAAAGUCAUGCCAAACUUGAGAAAUUUUAAAUUUGUUAGUUUAUACACUAGGCUUCUCUAGUCUUUAAAAGUUCAGUAAUGGUAUUGCAUAGAAUUGUGACCUGUAUACUACAGUUCAAUUACUAAAUGCCAUUCAAACAAUUCAUUUUAGAUUGUUUAUUGACAUAAUGGCUAAAAAAAUAGGGUCAAAACGGCCAAAUAUUUAGGUCAAAACGACCAAAUUAUGGCUGUUUUGACCAAAGUGAAAUUUGACAGUUAUGGUUUAUGGCUGUUAUGACCACAUCUAUUUUAGAUUCAAUAUGUUUGCCAUGCAGUAUAUGGUAUUUCAAUUCAAUCUGUAUUUUUAUUCAAUUUAACUGUUUAACUAUAGAAGGUCUGAUUUGUGUUUAUUGUGAUGAGUUAAAAGUAAGAAAUGUGUGUACUGGUAUAAGUUCUAUAUAGAUGUAAUGUUUGUAAGUUAUUGCCUUAAUUGUUUCAAGUGCUCUAUUUAUAUCGCAUAUUUAAAAUAAAAAAUAAUAUAACCAGAA